UGCAGUGGAUGCGGCGGUCGCCUUUCUGACCUCUUUUAAUUCCUGUGUGCGGAGCUUGCUUCUCUAUGGUGCGGCUCCGGCCAACCCUCCUUCAACAUGCAGUCCUCUCCCAACAUGCUCACCAAGUUUGAAUCCAAAUCCUCCCGCGCGAAGGGAAUUGCCUUCCACCCCAAGCGGCCAUGGAUCCUAGUAUCCCUUCAUUCAUCAACAAUUCAACUAUGGGACUACCGCAUGGGAACCCUCAUUGAUCGCUUCGAAGAACACGAUGGUCCCGUUCGCGGCAUUGACUUCCAUCCGACACAACCCCUCUUCGUCUCCGGAGGUGACGACUACAAGAUUAAGGUCUGGAACUACCAGACCCGCCGCUGCAUGUUCACAUUGAAUGGCCAUCUGGACUAUGUGCGGACGGUAUUCUUCCAUCAUGAACUGCCCUGGAUCCUCUCGUGUUCGGACGACCAAACGAUCAGAAUAUGGAAUUGGCAGAACAGGUCCUUGAUCUGCACCAUGACUGGCCACAACCACUAUGUCAUGUGCGCGCAGUUCCACCCUACCGAAGACCUCAUCGCCUCCGCCUCAUUGGACCAGUCGGUCCGCAUUUGGGACAUUUCGGGAUUGCGGAAGAAGCACUCGGCCCCGACGUCCAUGUCCUUCGAAGACCAGAUGGCUCGCGCCAACCCCGCCCAGGCAGAUAUGUUCGGAAACACUGAUGCGGUGGUUAAGUUCGUUUUGGAGGGUCAUGACCGGGGUGUCAAUUGGGUGUCGUUCCACCCGACCCUGCCUCUGAUCGUCUCCGCGGGUGACGAUCGUCUGAUCAAGCUGUGGAGGAUGAGUGACACUAAAGCAUGGGAGGUCGAUACCUGCCGUGGCCAUUUCCAGAAUGCAUCUGCUUGUCUGUUCCACCCUCACCAGGACCUGAUCCUCUCCGUCGGCGAGGACAAGACUAUCCGCUGCUGGGAUCUGAACAAGAGAACGUCCGUGCAGUCGUUCAAGCGUGACCUGGACCGUUUCUGGGUCAUUGCUGCCCACCCGGAGAUCAACCUGUUCGCCGCUGGUCACGACACUGGUGUCAUGGUCUUCAAGCUGGAGCGGGAGCGACCUGCAUCUGCUGUGCACCAGAACCAGCUCUUCUACAUCACAAAGGAGAAGCACGUCAAGUCGUAUGACUUCGCUAAGAAUGUCGAGACCCCUCCGAUGCUCUCCCUGCGCAAGCUGGGAUCUCCUUGGGUGCCGCCUCGGACCCUUUCGUACAACCCCGCUGAGCGUGCUAUCCUGGUUACCUCUCCUACCGACAGUGGCGUGUAUGAACUGAUCCACCUCCCGAGGGACGCCACUGGUGCCGUCGAACCCACGGAUGUCAAGCGCGGCCAGGGCUCUUCCGCUGUCUUUGUUGCGCGCAACCGAUUCGCCGUCUUCAGCCAAGGAAACCAGCAGGUGGACAUCAAGGAUCUGAGCAACUCGACCACGAAAUCGAUCAAGCCUCCGGCUGGAACUACUGACAUCUACUUUGGUGGAACUGGAUGCCUGCUCUUCAUCACGCCUACCACCGUGGUUCUGUUUGACAUCCAGCAGAAGAAGCAAUUGGCAGAGUUGGCUGUCAGCGGUGUCAAGUACGUCGUCUGGUCCAAUGACGGUCUUUACGCCGCGCUUCUCAGCAAGCACAACGUCACCAUUGUGACCAAGAGUCUCGAGCAGGUGAGCAGCUUGCACGAGACGAUCCGGAUCAAGAGCGCAGCCUGGGAUGACGCUGGCGUCCUUCUCUACUCCACCUUGAACCACGUCAAGUACUCCCUUCUGAAUGGUGACAAUGGCAUCAUCCGCACUCUGGACCAGACCGUCUACCUCGUCAAGGUUAAGGGCCGGAAUGUCUACUGCCUGGAUCGUAAUGCCAAGCCCCGCGUUAUGGAGAUUGAUCCCACCGAGUACCGCUUCAAGCUUGCACUUGUCAAGAGAAACUACGACGAAAUGCUACAGAUCAUCAAGACUUCCAGCUUGGUCGGUCAAAGUAUCAUUUCGUACCUGCAAAAGAAGGGUUACCCGGAGAUCGCGCUGCAGUUCGUGCAGGACCCUCAGACCCGCUUUGAGCUCGCGUUGGAGUGCGGCAACCUUGAGGUAGCUAUCGAGAUGGCCAGGGAGCUGGACCGCCCCAACUUGUGGAGCAGACUCGGAGCGGAGGCUCUGGCUCAUGGCAACCACCAGACCGUUGAGAUGGCCUACCAGAAGCAGAGGAACUUUGACAAGCUCUCUUUCCUGUACCUCGCGACUGGCGACCAGGAGAAGCUGGCGCGGAUGGCUAAGAUCGCCGAGCACCGUGGUGAUUUCACCUCCCGUUUCCAGAACGCAAUCUACCGCGGGGAUGUUGAGGACCGCAUCCAGAUGUUCAAGGAAGUGGACCUAUAUCCCCUCGCAUACCUUACGGCCAAGUCUCACGGAUUGACGGAGGAGGCUGAGUCGAUCCUCGAGGCCUGCGGGCUCACCGAGGACCAGAUCACCCUCCCCACAAUCGAUGAGCCUGCGCGGGUUCCCCACCCCAUCGCCCCCACUUUCAAGGCGAACUGGCCUGUCAAGGCCGCCGGCCAUUCCUCGUUCGAGAAGGCCCUACUUGGGGAAGUUGGCCCCGGUGACGAGGAGGUUGCAGCAAUUGAGUUCGAGCCUGAGGAGGAAGGUGACGCUGUGACUGCCCGCGACACCCUCGAGGAAGAGGAAGAGGACGUGGCUGGCUGGGACAUGGGAGACGAGAUCAACGUCGAAGAGGAUGUUGACUUUGUGAACGUGGACAGCGCAGAGGCCGGUGCUGGUAGCACUGAGGCCGACCUGUGGGCUCGCAACUCCCCUCUGGCUGCCGACCACGUCGCUGCUGGUUCCUUUGAAACUGCCAUGCAGCUCCUUAACCGUCAAGUGGGAGCGGUCAACUUUGCCCCUCUCAAGCCGCGGUUUUUGGAAGUGUACAAGGCGUCCAAGACUUACCUCCCUGCGUCUGCCGGUCUUCCCCCAUUGGUAAACUAUGUGCGCCGCACCGUCGACGAGACGGAUAGCCGCAAGGUUCUGCCGAUCAUCCCGAAGGAUUUGGAGACGAUCGCCAACGUGGACCUGCAGGAGGGUUAUGCCGCUAUGAGAGCCAACAAGCUGGAAGAUGGUGUUAAGAUCUUCAGAGGCAUUUUGAACUCGGUCCUGGUCAACACGGUCUCGUCGGAAGCCGAAGUGGAGCAGGCGAAGAAGAUCAUUGACACAGCUCGGGAAUACAUCCUGGCGAUGUCAAUUGAACUGGAGCGUCGUUCCAUCCCCACCGACACCCCCGACAACCUCAAGAGAAGCCUCGAGCUUUCUGCAUACUUCACGAUCCCCAAGCUGGAGGUUGCCCACCGGCAACUGGCCCUGAUGGCGGCCAUGAAGCUUGCCUUUGCCAACAAGAACUACUCGUCGGCCCUCAGCUUCGCCAACCGCAUGCUGGCCAACGGUGGCGCCGCUAAGCUUCUGGAACAGGCCAGGAAGAUCAAGGCGCAGUGCGAGCGUAGCCCACAGGACAAGAUCGACAUCGAAUUUGACCAGUUUGCCGAGUUCGACAUCUGCGCGGCCUCGUACACCCCGAUCUACGGCGGCUCGCCGAGCGUGUCGGAUCCCUUCACGGGAGCCAAGUACCACGAGCAGUACAAGGGCACGGUGUGCCGGAUCUCGGAGGUGACGGAGAUCGGCGCGCCGGCCAGUGGCCUGCGGUUGUUCUUUCCGGGCCAGUACUGAGGAUGAUGACGAGAUGUGACGGCUUUCUUUUUCUUCACGCUUGUAAUUCCCCGUCUCUCGAUGUGCAAACAUGAUAGAAAAUGUGUUUUCUGGUGAGGGCCGAGGGUCCGUGCUCUGCUCGAUGUAUGGACCGGUUGAUUUCUAUAAUUCUCAGCGACGUUAGUAUAUCUAUUACUUUACCAUUUGUUUUGACAUUCUUCUGCCUGCACGCUCCUGUACAGAUAAAGAGGUGAGAUAGUAUUGAUGUGGUUCACGCUUGAUGCCAAUGCAGAGUAGAGAUCAGUUAUAGUACAUCAU